CUUCUUCUUCUCUCUAAAACCCACUCCGCAAGAAACCCCUCUCUCUCUACUCUCUCUCUCUCGCUUUUUUGAACCUUCUCUGUCUCUCUUUCUCUAUUUCGCUUUUAUCUCUCUCGGUGCUGACUUAGAAAAGUCUGGUCUUUUACUGCAUUUGAACAAUGGCGAUUGAAGAACACGAGAACCCUCAUCGAGUAAUCAAACCUAAGAACAGAAGAAUCAUGGGAGCUGAGGAAGAAGGGAAUGAUAGAUGGCCUGCGUGGCUAAAGCCUCUACUGAAAGAACAUUUCUUUGUUCAAUGUAACGUUCACUCACCCAAAAGCGAAUGCAAAAUGUACUGUUUGGACUGCACGAAUGGCUCGCUUUGCUCUCUCUGUCUUGCGCAUCACAAGGAUCAUCGUACCAUUCAGAUAAGGAGAUCAUCUUAUCAUGAUGUGAUAAGGGUGAAUGAGAUUCAGAAGUAUUUAAAUAUCUUGGGCAUUCAGACGUAUGUGAUCAACAGCGCAAAGGUUGUGUUUUUGAAUGAAAGGCCUCAGCCUAGACCUGGUAAAGGAGUUACUAAUACCUGCAAGGUCUGUUAUCGUGGCCUUGUCGACGAUUGCUUCACCUUCUGCUCUCUUGGCUGCAAGGUAGCAGGAAGUACUGGCAGCUUUGAGAAGAGAGUGAAGCAUACACCAGUGGAACCAGAGGAUUCAAGCAGCAACAGUUCAGGAGUAGAGGAUAACAUUCCAGAUCCACAGAGCAUAGCAGCCCCUUCAACACCUCAACCUCCUACUUCUACUUCUUCUCGAAAAAGGCAAAGAAAGGGAAUACCUUUCCAGUCUCCACUGCAAUGAGAUCAGAUCGCAAAGUAAUACAAAAAGACACAGAAUAAAAAGGUUUUAACUUUCUCUUACACCAAAGAAGGGCCUUGGGUUUAUGCUAUUAAGUAGUUAAAUAACUAGUAAGUGUAUAUAUAUAUGAAUGAUAUCUUCUUGUAUAUUCUUAGUAUGAUGCAAAUGAGGUUAGAGAGGGAGUGAUACUAUGGGGGGUUAAAAGUGGGAAUAAGACAAGAUACUGAGGGCUUUUUAUGUAGUUGGUUUUUGACAAAAGUCCUUGUGUGUAUAUUUGGUUUUGAUGAAUCAUAUAACAAUAAUAACAUAUAAUUUUAAUGUUA